AUGAUAUUCAUAAAGGAGGAGUUUGGAAUCAGCGACACCCGACAAGAAGUUCUAGCCGGCAUCUUAAACCUUUGUGCAUUGGUAGGUUCUUUAGCUGGAGGAAGAACGUCUGAUUACUUUGGUCGACGAUUCACAAUCGCUCUAGCCUCUAUCCUUUUCAUGACGGGUUCAAUUCUCAUGGGAUAUGGUCCAAACUACGCAAUUCUUAUAUUGGGAAGGUGUGUCGCGGGUAUUGGCGUGGGUUUUGCUCUUCUGAUAGCACCAGUUUAUUCUGCAGAAAUCUCCUCUGCUAAAUCCCGAGGAUUUCUAGCGUCCCUACCUGAACUUGGUAUUGGUAUUGGAAUUUUACUUGGUUACGUUGCAAACUACUUCUUAGGGAAGUUGACUUUGAAGCUUGGGUGGAGAUUGAUGCUUGGUAUUGCAGCAGUUCCUUCACUUGCUUUAGCUUUAGGCAUUCUCAUAAUGCCUGAGUCUCCAAGGUGGUUGGUGAUGCAAGGCCAUUUGGGAAAAGCCAAGAAAGUUUUGUUACAAAUUUCAAAUACUGAACAAGAAGCUGAGCUUCGGUUCAAGGAUAUAAAUAUUGCAGCUGGGAUAAUUUACGAGAAUUGCCCUGAAGUGACAGUUAAGCACCCAGAAAAGAACCGUGGUGAAGGGGUUUGGAAAGAGUUGCUUGUGAAACCCUCUUAUUCUGUUCGGUGGAUGCUGAUUGCAGCUGUGGGGGUUCACUUUUUUCAGCAUGCUACUGGAAUUGAAGCUGUGAUGCUAUACAGUCCAAGAAUCUUUAGAAAAGCAGGUGUUACCACUAAGGACAAACUCUUGCUCACAACCAUUGGAGUAGGCCUUACAAAAAUCUUUUUCUCGACAAUAGCAACAUUUUUUCUUGACAGAGUUGGGAGAAGACGCCUCUUGCUUUCAAGCACUGGAGGAAUGGUUUGUAGCCUUGCAGUAUUAGGAUUCAGCUUGACCAUGGUUCAUAAUUCCCAGGAAAAGCUCUUAUGGGCCUUGACCCUUAGCAUAGUGGCUACUUACUCGCUUGUUGCUUCUUUUAAUAUGGGACUUGGACCUGUCACAUGGGUGUACAGCUCAGAGAUUUUCCCUUUGAAGUUGAGAGCACAAGGAGUAAGUAUAGGAGUUGCAGUUAACAGAGUCAUGAAUGCUGCUGUUGCCAUGAGUUUUAUUUCAAUCUAUAAAACACUCACCAUAGGCGGAGCCUUUUUCAUGUUUGCUGGUAUAUCUAUAUUGGCUUUGUUCUUCUUCUACUUUUUACUGCCUGAAACCAAGGGCAAGGCCUUGGAAGAGAUGGAGAUGGUUUUCAGCAAAAACUAUAGUAGGAAUGUAGCUGCAGAAACUGAUCCGAGGCAGAAUGUGUAA